ACUGGGUUAAUUCCCAUAUCGCCUCCGUGAUCAGAUGAAGGCAGCUGGUCCAACAUUGCGGUUUGAAACCUGAAAUCAUACGGUCAUUUACAAAGAACGUAAGAACGGUUAAAGAUAAGAAGAGGUUGUUUGGGAGUUAGUAGUUAAUUGAUCCCUGGAUCUCAUCCUGAAAGAAACUAUUGUAUUGUCUUCAGCAAUAAGGCUUGACAGUCUGUUCUACACUCCUUCCACACUUUGUGUGAAGAGGUGCUUCUUGUCCACCACCUCCACAUAGUUUCCAUGUGUGCUCUGAAACUCUGUGCUUCUCUGUUCAAUCUGAAGAAAUCUGCUGUGUUGACUUUGAAUGAGGAGCUUCAAUUCUUGUACAAGGUCCCCUCGUAGUCUUCUCUGUUAAAGACUUAAAAGUUUCAGGUCCCUUCAGUGUGUCAAAGUAGGCCAUUCCUUUAAUUUCCAGAAUAGAUUUGCUUGCUCUUUUCUGGACAGAUUCCAGAACAGCAAUAUCCUUUCUAUAACAUGGUUUCAAAAGCUUGACUAAUUUAAUAUUCUGGAAUCCAUAUAAAUACAUAAAUUAAGUAGUGCAGUAGUCCUAGUAUAGAUCCCUGUGGUACCCUGCCAAUUAUAUCACCCCAAUCAGAGCAUUAAAUCUUAUUUUUACUCUUUGCUUUAUAUUUAAUAGCCAAUUUUUAGUCCAAAUACUUGUUUCCCUGAAUUAUCAGUUGUGUUUUAUCUGGGAAAGUAAAAAAAGGAAGCAAAUGUUCAGUGCCUAAACAAAACAAUUACAUUUUUUGUUAAGUUUCUUGGAAAACAGCUGACGAUUAAGUGUUAGUUCAUUUUCAAAACCUAACUGUUUCCCAUUUUUCAUCACAUACUAUAGAUACUAUGACAACGUAAACUCGUGUAACUUGAGAUACUGGUUUUUGAACUCGGAGGCAGGAAGUCCUCAUAAAGUCAACAGUAGUGUCUUUUCUGGGCUUUGUUUACUGGUUCAACCUUUUUGUGUAGGUAUUGUUGCUAGGAGCUGUAUACUCUUUCUGAAAAGAAUAAAGGGCAAUGAAACAGUAACUUUAAACUUGACUCUGCACCUAUGUCACGAAUGAAACAUUCUCGGUCAGAGGCACCUGCUGUUCUUUGAUGUGAUCUGGGCGUGGAGAUGGCUGUCCAACCGGUAGUGACCAUUCAGCCAGGUAUGGUGCUAGCCCCUGUGGACAUGAAGAUCAACAGCUGGAGCUCAGGGAUCUGUGACUGCUGUGAAGACAUGGGCAUCUGCUGCUGUGCCUUCUGGUGUUUCCCCUGCUUCAUGUGCAAGACAGCCAGUGAGUUCGGGGAAUGCCUCUGUCUCCCCCUGCUGGAUCCCUGUUCUCCAGUCCCUCCCAUCUCCCUGGCUGUGCGCAGUUCCAUACGGGAGAGGUACCGGAUUAAGGGCUCCAUCUGCAGUGACUGCUGCACGGUCACCUGCUGUAACGCCUGCGCCUGGUGCCAGAUGGCCCGCGAGAUGAAACGUCACAAGCAGCCUCUGAUCCUCACCGCCCCCACCACGAUGCCAGCGGUGCAGCCCAUGGGAAAUUAUCCAUCCGCCCCACCCAGUGGACUCUAUCCCCCCAUGCCCUAGUGACCCACUUUGGAUAGGAUGUCCCAUUCUGACACUAGAUCAAUAGAGGUCAAUAGAUCUUAAUUAGUUUUGAGCAAGAAGCAAAUAAAAAAAUAGGAUGUGGAGCAAUACUUUUGAAUAGCAGAGAUUUAGACAGAAUAAAGUGUAAUUUAUCAGCAGCUGCCCCCAGUCACCUGAUUUUGCAAGGUCUAUCGGGACAGUUGCAAAGAACUCUCAUAUUUAGCACGCAGGUGCAUACUAAAUUGUGGACUAGUUAAUACUGUACUACCUGGAGAUCAUCAGCAGCUCUGAGCUCAAUUGCGUGCGCAUCAAAGUUGGAGACCAGCUGAACUUGUGUUUAGGACGGUGCUAAGGGCUCAGCACUGUCGAUGUUAUAAUUAGCACGAAUUGCAGCCGUGCCUGAUUUAGAACAUUGCGAUUAAUCUGAUCACUAAAUUAAUAUAUAGGCCAUUUUUUUAAAGAAAAUUCUGUCUCAUGUUAGAAUCUAACUGAAUGUCCCUGGCAAUUUAUGGUUACUUUUUAACUUAAGAAUGGCAUUUAGAUUAAAAUAUAACAGAUAAGGAAACGUAACUACUAAUGCGACAUACAGUACAGGUAUGUUGAGCAAUGACUGACAGAGUCAUGUACUGUAUAUUUCUUACAGCAGAUUAGCGUUAAUGUAAAAUGGUGGUACAUGAGAGUGGAUUCAAUCUGCAAGUAAAAACAAAUUAUAUUUGCAGCUCUAAAAAGCUCAAUUUAAGAGACUUCUGUAACAGAUUUGUUUCAGGUCUUCUGACCUUGUAAGCCUUUGAAAAAUUAAAAACAGCGUUUUGCUAGUUUUCACUCGGACGGUUUACCAGUCCAUUAAAAGCCAGCCCCAUUACUUUGGCAUAUGCAGUCCUACACAACCUUAUCGACUGGACGAGGCUCCUGUUCCGGAACACCAUUCUUAACAACUGUCUCAUUCAAUUCGUAGCAAUUGACACAUACCAGUGCAGUGCCUUGUGCACAAAUUUUCCAAAAUUGAUUACAAAUGUUACACAUCUUUUUCCAAUCAGUAAUUUUAUUGCAAACACACAUGCUCAAACAGAUUUAUUUCAAUCUAAAAGAAGUGUCAGCAGAUAUCUUGAAGAAAAAUUAAAAAUAACUUAAAUAUGCUGCUUGCGUAUUUGGACCCGCGUGCAAUACGUUUACAUGAGUGAGGAUAGAAUUGUCUUACCAUUGGCCUCUGCCUGACCCACACGACAUGAACAGUGGAUGACAUGAACUCGCAUGAGAGAGAGAGAGAACUCUUAUCUAGCUUUUGUCGAGAGCAUCUGCCGAGGUUAGCGGAAAUGUACACUACUUGGUUUCAAAAUGCUUUAUUUUAAGUACUGCGCGCACAGUGUAAACACAGGUGAACGAGAGGCCAGUCAGAAGAAACAGUAAAAGGAAGGAGAGCGUUGAGAGUCUGGUUUAAUAGAUUUGCCUUUUUCCUUUUCCCAUAUAGCGCAUUGAGAAGAUACUUUUAACGGGUUUUAUAAAAAAUAAAGAUGACUUAUGAAUAAAGAUGAUUAUUAUUGUUAUUAUUAUUAUUGUUAUUAUUAUUACAGGUUGAGAAUCCCUUAUCCGAAAUUCCUGGGACCGAAUGUGUUGCGGAUUUCGGAAUAUUUUUAUAUUUGCAUCUAUAAAAUGGGACAGCUUGGGGAUGGGACCCAAGUCUAAACACGAUAUCCAUUUACAUUUCAUAAUAUAGCUUAUACAUACAGUAUACCCUGAAUGUAGUUUUAUAUAAAUAUUUAAUGUUUUUUUUUACAUAAUACCAUCAGAAAGGUAAGAUAUCAGUCUCCACCUACGAUGUCAUGUUUUGAUUCAAAGGUUACAGUACACGUACGCCAUUUGUAUUUUAUGUUACUAUACAGGUAUUAAUGUAAGGUAUAAAAACAAAGCAUUGAAUAUGAUUACAGGUAAAUAAAAUGAAAACUGAAAAA